AUGGCGGUGCCGGCGCCCGUCAAGACCCACGUGGGAAGCGGCGGCUCUUCCGAGGGUCCCAAAAGCGUUCUUAGCAACGUGGUCUCGGCCUUGGCGACUUCUUCAUCCGCAUCCUCGUCUGGACCCUCAAAGAAGGUGGAGGAUACCAAGUCACAGGGACAAGACGCGCAGGACGGUGCGCCCGCCGCUCUUACGGCCGCCUCUGCUUCUGCCGACCAAGGCAGGUCGACGCAUGGCGCUUGUGCUGCGAAUCACGCACCCUCCAAUAUACAGUUUGAUGAAGCCUCCUUGCUAUCUUCACCACCUCGGAGCUGCAAUCGGCUCCCAUCACCAGCCUCAGAGCACUCUAAAUUGCACAGCGCUGCGGAGCGGGCUACUGUCGGAAAUACAAGUGGCGCGGCCGGGCCCAAUGGCGUGGGAUCCUCCGCAGGUCAAGCAAACCACACCUUCGGUGGACUGGGACUCGGCUUGAGUCACGCUGGCAGGAAUCAUAGAGGCAGCGAGCUGAGCUUUUCAGGGACCACUAGCUACGCCAGCAGUGUCCGCGAUAACAGAGCUGAAGGCUCAAGCAGCGGGACACCUCACGGAACCCUGCAUAGGAGCAAAAUCAGCACAAGGCCUCGUAAGUGAUGCUCAGUAUUCAGAGUCGGCACACAGCAAGGCGCUGACGUUGACAAUGUACACUCAGCUUGGGCUCGCAAUGACCCACCUUCACCUCCUACAUCACCACCGGUUCGAGCCUUGCAUGGAGCAAAGCCAUCGGAACUCAGCCUGGAGGCACAGCCACAAGCGCGGGGGGCAGCUUCACCCCAGAAACCUGACUCAAGCGAGUCACCUCAGGUGGGCAGACCUCGGAGCGAGAGCGAUGAUUCUGACGGCGCCAGCUCUUCGGGCGAGCCAGGCCCCACUCGGUUCUGGACCUUUACACUUCCAGCAAAAUACCGAGCGCGAUUGCAUUCGCAUCAUUUGCGUAUGCAGCAAAAUUCUCAAGCGCAGACUCAGGCACAGACUGAGGAAGAGAGCAGAGACAGCUCCAUCGAUCAGGGGGAGCACCUGGACGGUGGAAGAGAAAGAUCCAGGAGAGCCAGUGGAACUGGUGUGGCUGGGGCAGCCGGAAGACAGAGUGCAGCCGAGCUAGCAGGGAGCGGGCUUAUGGGGUGGAGAAGGAAGAGCGCAAAGGGAAGCCAAGAGCUGAAGCAAGACGGUGCGCCAUUGAGUCCGACGUCUCAAGAAGGACGCUGGCCCUCGAGCACUGGAGCGCGAUCCGGCAAGAGAGGCCAAGAGCAGAACGAUGAGGCGCCAUCACCCCAUUUGCCAGAUGCAACCAUGAAUGCACAUAUCAAGAGCGGCCCUGUGCACCAGGAUAGCUUUACGCGCCAUCAACCGCACACGCCAGGCUGGGAAUCUCCAUGGAGACCCGAGUCGUACUCUGGCGGCUCCAUCGAAAUCGGUAGGUAUCGCUUUGGUGGUCACGAUCUACGAGGGGAGAAAAUGGAAAGGCACGACACAUCUCCGAGGCUCGAUUGGUGGAGAAACUUUCUGCUUCACAAUGCAUUCGUUCCUGGUCUCUUCCGCUUCAUCAACAUCGGCUUCACUAGCGCCACCUUGGCCAUUGCCAUCCGAUUGUACGUGGUGCUGAAGCAGCAAGCAGCGGCGGACUCGGUAGGGUCAAGUCCCUUAGUCGCCAUCAUCUUCGGACCUCCGACACUGUUGCACGUCGGCUGGCAGAUCUACUUGGAGUAUUUUGGCAAGCCGAUUGGACUAUGGGCAGUGCGCAACAAGUUGCUGUACUCGCUCGUAGAUCUCGUCUUCAUAUGCAUGUGGAGCGCAGAACUCAGCUUGUCCUUUGACAACUACCUGACCAGCAGUCUGGUGUGUGUCGCCGAUAUCAAUCCGUUCGCGGGGUUAGAAACACAAAGCCCCUUGACGGAUCCUGCAAAGAAGCCCAUCAUCUGCAGGCUACAAGGAACCCUGAUUGGGCUGGUGUUCGUCAGCCUCAUAGCUUACGUCAUUGUCCUCGUUUUGAGGUGAGCCCAAGCUGCCGGCGGCGAUGCUUAACCAUUCUUUUUCUCAGUCGUAUCGUCGCCAUGCUGACUUCGCGCGCGCACGUGUUCCAUUUUUGCUAGCCUCUUCCGCAUCUUUGUCCGCGUCUCUGGCCCUAGGACUAAGGGAACCUACGCAUGA